UGACACCACAGAGGAGGUCAGAAAAGUCUGCAGGAUUCAAACAAGACGGCAUGUAAAUAACACUCCAACACAGAGGAAAGUGAUGCUGAGGUGGUGAGGAGAGCACAGGAGGAAGGCUCUGUAACUCAAGAUGGCUGCUGCUGAUUCGUCAGUGAGAUCCUCAAGGGUAUCCUGUAUCAGUGACAGCAGCUACCCAUGACGUACGACCAGCUGGUGUAAAAAACAAGCAUCCAUGCAGGAUAAAGACAUAGUUAGUCAGAGGCCGGAGCAGUCUGCAGACAUGGACUGGCGGAAGUGUCAACAGACCCUCCAGGAGCUGGAGGAGGUGCUGCAGCAGCUGGAGGUGCUCUUGUCUCUAAGCAGGGUUCCUCGGGUGCUGCUGCUCCUGGGCGGCUCGCCCGUCCUUCCCAAAGAGCUGUACGAGAUCAACAUGGAGAAGCUGGAGGUGGCCUGGGAAGGAAUUGUGUGAUUGGGGGACCU